AAAAUUGGCGGGAAAUUAUAAACUUUAAAGCGUCGGUACUGGAAAUUUUUAAUUAAUAUAUAAAUUAUUCAGAUGUGACGUUAACUUCAUUGUACCUUAAACGAAAGAGUUUUGUUAUUAGUGAUAAGUUUAAACAAUACUAUUUAUUGUUAGUAUCUCAGUGAGUGACACUUACAUACAUAUAUCUCAUGGAUGAAACAUUUGUACAUUGCUCGGAACUCACCAGGAUGGCAGAUAUCGAAAAUAGCCUGGAAAAUAACGAUGACUUACCAGCUGUCGCAGAGGAAGAGGAGGGAACAGAGUUGGAACUUGAAGCGCUGUACAGGCGAUAUUGUGUCAGAUUGAAGCAUGCUCUGUUCGUGUCAGCACUCUGCGUCACAUUACUGUGUACGCUAGUGCUAUUGUGUGCUGUCUGUGUUCUACAUUCACAAGAACUCUCAACCCAAGUAACAUCAAUAACAUCGUUGUCAGUGAUUUCCUUUAUACUGUUAUCGGUAUUGGCGCUCGCGUUAUUACCAGCGGCGGGUGAAUGGGAGACCUUCGCGCUGACUGGCUCCGUCUUAGUCACAAUAAGCCUGGGAGCUGGUACACUGAUGGCAACUCAUCAUGCGCCAUUGCCACUCUUUGCAUUAAUUUUGAUGGUGCAUACAAUGAUGCCUAUAGCGCGUUCAAUAGCGCUUGUAAUGGCCACAGCACUUACUCUCGCUUAUAUCGCUUUGGCUGUGGGCUUGGGCCCAAGGGGGCAGGAGGAUCAGUUUUACCAACAGCUGAUAUGUGAGCUAGCACUCCUUCUAUCAGCUAGUGGUAUUGGUUUAUACUACCGGGCGCUAACAGAGAGGGCGCAUAGAAAAACCUUCGCUGGCACCAGAACCUGCCUGGAACAGAGGGUUAAGCUCGAGUGCGAGAGGGAGCAGCAGGAAAGCCUCUUGCUCUCUGUCAUACCAGCUUAUAUCGCCGCUGAGGUAAAAAGGUCUAUAAUGUUGAAAAUGGCCGACGCGUGCGUUGAUAGCAGCAAGCAGACACGCUUCCAUGAAAUGCACGUGCAAAGGCAUAACAAUGUCAGCAUAUUAUACGCAGACAUCGUCAACUUCACGCCGUUGUCUGAGAGACUGAGUGCUUCAGACUUGGUGAAGACACUCAAUGAACUAUUUGGAAGAUUCGAUCAAAUUGCACAGGAGAAUCAAUGUAUGAGGAUUAAGAUCCUGGGUGAUUGCUAUUACUGCGUUUCGGGACUUCCGGUGUCGAGACCUAACCAUGCCUACAACUGUGUCAACAUGGGCCUGCUAAUGAUUGACGCUAUACGCUUCGUCCGUGAAGCCACAGGCUUCAAUGUAGACAUGCGAAUCGGCAUCCACACAGGUAAUGUUCUGUGCGGCGUGCUAGGUCUCCGAAAAUGGCAAUUCGACGUCUGGAGCGAUGAUGUCACAUUGGCAAAUCAUAUGGAGUCUGGUGGGAUCGCUGGACGUGUUCAUAUCACAAAAUCGACAAUGCUGCAACUUGCCGGUAAAUUCGAGGUGGAACCAGGUGAUGGAGCAUCCAGAGAAGGAUACUUGGCUGACCACAAAGUGGAGACAUAUCUCAUUGUACCUCCCAAGAAACCGUCAGAUAACGGUCGUCUCUCUGUAUGUACAAUAGACCGAAAGGCGAGCAUUGUAUCGUCUAUAUACCAAGACGUAUCACCGACGAAGCCGCGCGAGAAUAUAAGUCCGGCUCCGUCUCAACACAGUUUUAAUGAACAGGAAGGGACCAAAGUAAUGCGAGCCGAGUCUAUGAGGAAUCCAGAUCUUAGUAGACGAGCUUCAGUAAAAGUAGACGGACACAAAAGUGUGGCUUUUGAGAAUAAUAAUACUGCUAAUACAGGAGAAACUUUGGGUAAUGGUGCAGUUGUUAAACCUAAAAGUCGGAGUGGAUCCAUCAUUGGAGCUAUUAGUCCAAUCAUGGGAACUGAGCGCAAGUCGGAUACACCGACACCAACCAAGGAGCACUCAGCGCCGAUAUUCACGCGAAUGUUGAGCACAAUUUCUAUGGAUUCUACUUCAAUACCUGGCGUUCCGAGUAGGUCUCGGCCGUCAAGCAAAAUGACAAAGUAUGUCGAGUGUUGGGGCGCCGACAAACCUUUUGCCAAUAUUACUGAUUCAACUUUGGCAAAAAAUAUUGGCAUAUCGAGUCUGGCUAUGAUUGAGCAAAAUCUACUCCCACAAAGAACGUGUUGCGAUUGCAGCACAAAUUCAGAAGGCAUGAGCCGUAUCACCUUAUGGUUCAAAAAUAGGACUCAAGAGAAUCAAUAUCGCAGCCAACCAGACACACUGUUCAAAUACUACGUGGCCUGCGCGUGCGCAUUAUUUCUCUUAUUGGCUUUUAUACAGCUGAUAACGUUACCUAAAGGUAUUGUUCUGUACGCUUCUUUUGGCCCUACAUUGCUAACGUUAAUCGUGUUUUUGUACUUGUCGUGGUACGACGGACAAUUCCCUUCAAGGGGGAUGCAUCUCCUAUCGGAUGUCCCGGACAUUUACUCAGACAACUGUACUAAGCCUGGACAGGUGGUUGCCAGAAACAGCUACAUAAGGUUGACAAUGUUUUUGGUAUCAGCAGUUUUAAUCGGCGCCUGCGCAGUUAUUAAUCUCUUCCAAACAUAUUUGAUCCAAGAAUUCCCGGCGGAAGUUUGGGUGAAGAAUUACACUAGUGAUAAUGGGACAAAUAUCACCGGAAUCACAAUUAAUAUCGAUGUUGAAUCUGCUCCGAGCUACCUCUACAGCUCUGUACUAACUCUAGCUUCAAUAUCUGUAUUUCUUCGAAUCGGAUUUGUUCUGAAACUUGUUCUGAUGGUAGUAACUCUGGUAACGCACAUCACACUUUUCGCCUCCGCGGAACUGUUCAGUCAGUACCAGUACCGGGAUUUUGAUACCGAAUUCUCAAUGCUUCCAUAUUCAGCCAAAGCGGGCCUAGUACUAGUCUUUCUAGCGGCACUGUUACACAUACUGGACAGGCAAAUCGAAUUCACAUCUCGAACCGACUUUUUAUGGAAGGACAAGCUAAAAUUUGAGCAGGAGGAAGUUGAGACUAUGAGGGGAAUUAAUAAGAUUUUACUAGAAAAUAUUCUUCCCGCUCACGUCGCUCAACAUUUCUUGACUUCAGUUGUUUCCAAGGAGGAAUUGUACCACGAGCGUUACUCGAGUAUAGCGGUUAUGUUCGCUUCGAUCCCCAACUACAAAGAAUUUUACGAUGAGACAGACGUCAACAAACAGGGAUUGGAGUGCUUGAGACUGCUCAACGAGAUUAUUUGCGAUUUUGACAAGUUAUUAUUGAAACCCAAAUUCAGCUGUAUUGAGAAGAUUAAAACUAUUGGUAGCACUUACAUGAUUGCAUCUGGUCUUCGUCCGGGGAAAGAAGAAGCCACCGACGCAAGCCGAAGAGAAGAACAUACAGUUGCAAUUUUAGUUGAAUUCGCGAUCGCUCUCAUGACUAUACUGGAACAGAUCAACCGAGAAUCAUUUCAGAGAUUUAAACUGAGGAUAGGUCUUAACCACGGCCCAGUGAUAGCAGGAGUAGUGGGCGCUCAAAAGCCCCAAUACGACAUUUGGGGUAAUACAGUGAACGUUGCCUCUCGAAUGGACUCCACGGGCAUGAUGGGACGGAUACAGGUCACAGAAGAUACUGCUAAAGUACUGAUAAAUGCCGGCUACACUUGCGAAUGUCGUGGUCCCACGUUCGUGAAGGGAAAGGGGACUCUUGUUACAUACUUCGUGAAGACACCCAAUGCUAGUAGCGGAUUAUGAAUACUCAAAUGUGAUUUUACAAUACUCAUUAGAAAUUAUAUUAGUUUAUUGCCAGUAUUUUAAAAUGUAAUAAAUAUAAUAUAUAAAAAUCUGUUACCCUAAUACUCUUGCGUAUGAAAUAAAACGAGACUUGUGUAUGACAAUUUUCUUCGUAGUAGGUAUUUGUUGUUGUUUUGUGUUGUUUAAUAUUAUUUAUCUUACAUAUCACGACAAACCACUAUUUUUUACACCAUUUAUAUAUUAAUAUUACCUGCCAUUUUUACCAUUAAUUCCAUUCAGAGUUUAUACUAUUAUAUGUUUUAGUUUAAUUAUUAGCUGAAAUAUAAUAUCGAUUAUUUUAUAGUGAAAUUAAUGAAUUGACAGGCUACUUACAGUACAUUUAUACGAUACUUACGUACGUAACAUAUAUUUGUCGCAGCGAAAUAGUUUAGCCGGUAAUUUAACGGCCUAGCCUUUUAACUAAAGACCGCCGUUUAACUAACGGCCUGAAAGUUUUUAGCCGUAGUGUUUGUGUGUGUUAUUCGUAAUAUAAAAUGAUCAUGUCGCAGAAAUACAAUAAAUGACACAUCUGACAUAAAAACAGUCAGUGACAACUAAAUUAUACAUUAUUAUUGUUACUACACUCUUCCAUUGUUCUUGUUACUAAUAAUUAUUAAUAUAUAUUAAUAAUUAAACUUUGGAAAUACCAUUAAAGGUUUUGGUUUGCCUACGCCAUUUUGACUAUUUCAAGAGUUUCGACGCUAGCCCAGGUGGCAGAAAGUGGAACUAAAUUCAAAUUAACAGUCAACAGGCUAGGCCGACUAGCUGAAUAACUUUCAGGCCGCUAGUUAAACGGCACUGUUAAGUUAAAAGGCUAGACAACUACAUGAAGUAUUAUACAUAUAGGUUUGUAUAUCAUAAGAGUUUUAUCCCGUUUUUAGUGAAAAUAUAUAGAAACAUAAUUGUGUUAAGGUUCACAAACUGAUAUAUUUUUGUAAAAAUAUAAUUUAUAUAUUUUUUUAGAUUUGUAUAUUUUAUUUAUUUUUGUGAAGUACCCUUUUGUAUGAGUUUUAAGACAAGUUUACGAUGAUUUAUAAGACUGUAAAUAAUAUUAGUUUAGCAGUAGGUCGACCCGUAUUGCCGUUUUUAUGAUAUUUAUUUAAAUUAUUUCUUAAUAUAAAGUAUUGUACAUUAUAUAUAAGUACAAUGUAACUAUUAAAAUAUUGCAUUUCUCUUUAAAUUAUAUCUGAAAGUUACCUUUAUUAAAUAACAUUUUAAAUGAUACUAUCAAUCUCUACACUGUAGUUAACUAAAAUAAUGCUCACUAGAAU